AUACUGCAUAGUGAGACUAGCAGAUGAGCUACAUGAGCUUUGAGCGUGUCAAGAGCUACUCUGCUCACAACUGAACGGCUGACCGUAGAAGGCCUGGUUUUGGUCGGACGCGACUUGACGCAGGGAGCGGCAUCACUCGCCUUGGCUGAUGAGGUAAAAUGACAAAGCCAGGUCGGAGCCACUAUGCCGCCGAGAUUGCGUCCAUGCUGUUCGUCUUCAGCGAAGUCAAGGACCCGGAUGAGGAGACCGUCAAGAUGAUAGAGGAUGUCGUUCGUGCUCAGAUUGUCGAACUGAUCAUCCAAGCACGAGCACUAGCGACAAAGCGAGGAUCACGUACGAUCAGCUCGGAGGACUUGAUCUUUCUCACUCGACAUGAUCGUAGCAAGGUCAACAGGCUGAGGACAUACUUAUCCUGGAAAGAAGUACGCAAGAGAGCCAAGGACACAGAUGCAGUAGAUGCAGGCGAGGUGGACGUUAUGGACGAGCAGAUCACGACGGACAAGUCUGCUAAAGCUCACAAGAUGCGGAUCAAGCUGCCAUGGGAGAUCACAACCGUCUUCUCCGACAUGUUGCCCGAUGACUCGGACGCAGAAGAGGACGAGGAUGAUCGGAUAGCGUAUGAAGAUAGCAAGAAGCGCCUCAGACUGGCGGACGAGCACACGCGGAACAUGACAAGAGAAGAAUACGCGCACUAUGCCGAAUGCCGUCAGGCGUCCUUCGUCUAUCGCAAGGGCAAACGCUUUCGCGAGUUUAUCGGCUACAAUACCUAUGUCGAGGGCAAUCCCAACGAUGAAGUCAUCGAUAUCCUGGGCUUCUUGUCAUAUGAGCUCGUUCGUGCGGUAUGCGAGCAAGCAUCUCAAGUCCACGAGAGAUCUGCAGCUCUACGCAUCGGUUUAGCUGGUCAGGUCAAGACGAAACUGAGAUCGGACUCUAUGGAAUCACGAAAGAGUAGGAGCAUGUCUGUUGGCGCCAGGAGAAAACGAGCUCGGUCAGAUUCGCACUCGCCCGAUGUCGAUUUCGCUCGAGCGUUGCCUCUUCCUCCGGCCGGUCCUUUCGCUCCUUCUGACGCUGCUACGUACACACCCAGUGGAGAGGAUACACUGGACACGAGCACUACCGCAGCUGCGCAGCCGUCCGGCGCGACGAAGCGACCGGCCCGAUACAUGAUACCGAAUGAUGUCGAAACGGCUUAUGCAGAGAUGCAACGGUCGUCUGCGAGCAAGCGUAGCUCAGGCUUGCUCAACUUCCGAGGCGGCCUGGUGAGGAACAAGCUAGCUUUGUUGUAGGGUAUAGUCUUGCAAUGUUGCCGUGCAACUCAAGCUCGGCUACUGACACAACAGUCUCGAAGAGAACGAAGGAGGUGAUCACCGAGUCUAACUAUCAGCAACUGCAACCACUCGAUUC